AUAGGUGCCAGUAAUUUGACCUGGCGAUCAGAUAUGCUGGUGGAAUAUCAAGGAGAAGGCCGGAAUAUCACCGACCCGACCUGUCCUUCCCUGAGUCCUGGGGUGUCCCAAUGUUUCCCAGAUUGUGUUUGUGAAGAUGCUUAUAACAAUACCUAUGCUUGUGUGCGGACGAUGUCAGCGCUGUGGAACUUACAGUACUGCGAGUUUGAUGACCAGGAGGUGUUUGUAGAAGUCUAUAAUCUGACUGCAGACCCAGACCAAAUCACGAACAUUGCUAAGAGUGUGGACCCAGAGGUUUUAGGGAAGAUGAACUACCGCUUAAUGAUGCUACAGUCAUGUUCUGGCCCGGCCUGCCGCACGCCAGGGGUUUUUGACCCUGGAUACAGGUUUGACCCGCGUCUCAUGUUCAGCAGUCAUGGCAGUGUUAGGACGCGAAGGUUCUCUAAGCAUCCUCUGUAGUCGCCGUGGCCAGCCUCUGCAGUGAGACCCCUGCACGCCUCUUUCUGAUGAAGUGAUUGUAGUUGGUAUCUAUAGCUCCUCUCUGAGACCCUGCCUGGAAGAGCUCUGGACGGGCUGUGUUAAGUCCUGUUGGAAAAGCAACCCAGUCAGCUGACUUCUUGUGCAAUGUGUUAAACUGUGAAUCUGCCCGUGGGUCAGGAGCAGCUGACCCUGAUCUUUUUCCUCAGGACAACAAACACUCCUGAGGUCUUUGUUCUCACCAUGUCCCUUCUGACCUAGGGCCACUUUUCGUGAAUAUUUCCCAUGUGAUCCAAGUCUGAAUUUGUAAACCCAUUCAGAUAAAUGGCAAUACUUCAGAGCAAAAAAUUUGUCGUAUAGCUAGACCUGAAAAUCAAAGGACAUGUAUAGCAUUUCAAACAGCAUUUCACCAUCAAAAAUAACAACAUGUGGCUUGAAGAAUAACCAGCAGAGCUAAACCAUCUAGUUAAGAACAGGAAUCAUUGACUUUAGAUAAGUAAGGGUAUAUUGUUUAUAAAAUCCAUCAGUGUGGCAAAUUUGGAACCUGUCAGCCAAGCUUGGUGGUUUGUUUUGGGUUUUUGUUUUUUUUUCUUUUUUGGAAUUCUGGGCUGGUGCUACACUGAGAGCAGUAACCUUGUGCAGCAAGGUGACAACCAUAUGCUUCCAGUGGCUGUCAACCACAAGGAGUACCAAUCAGCACUAGCAUUGCUGGGGAAGUGUCUCGGCUCAUGAAACAUCCAUCCCCAUCAAAAGUGGCUGAGGUACAGCAGUGGAGAGAAGGCUGCUGAGGUUUGUGUUGUUUUUUUGAGGGCCUUUAGUAGAUAGGGCUCUUGGGUUGACAGGUUGAAGGACUGUAUUUAGAAUGAAUGAAUGAAGUGCCUGUCCCAUAGGGAGCCUGGGCGUCAAUACCAUGCAUGAAGUUUUGAGUAUCUGCAUUUUGCUAUUAUUUUCUUCAUUUGUUUUUAAGAUAUAACAAUUAUAAUUGGUGCACUGUAUUAACUGUUUCAUCUCACCUUCUCUUUCAGGUAGGGUUCUUCUAGUUUUGGAGUCUUGACUAAUUCAGGUUCCAGUCUAUUCCCCUGUCAAUCAGAUCUGUUUAGGUUUCUUAACUGUUUACAACAUCCAUAUUAUAUUUCUUAGCUUGAAGACCAAUUCCAUUUCUAACAUCUUCACAAAAAGGCUGACUGGUAGUGGGACAGCAGGGGAGAAGAGCUGGGUUUAUAACCUGUUCAACUCAGGCAAUAAGUGAUUUUAGCUUUACUUAUGGCCUCUGUGGAGCUUUAGGCACUUUGUAAACAAGGCCAUAAGCCACUCUUCUGUCAAAAUUCCAGAUAGCCAUGUUGGGUUAAUAGCCAUAGGAUUUAUUACUUUACAUCACAUGCCCCCAGCAAACCAUGGUAUCAAAAGGUGAACAGGCAAGUGAAACGAAUGCCUAUGCUGUGAAUGAAAGCAGAUUACAAAGUUGAAUGUGGGCCUUGGUUUUUUUCUCUACUUUGAUUCUUAACAUUAUCAGUCCAACUUAAAGCAUUAAUGAAAAUUGACCACAGUUAUUCCCAAAUAAAAACAAACCCACUCUUACCAGAUCUUGGACUGUGAUAUCAUUUAGUUUGGUAAUGCUGGUUCCUGAAAGCAGGUGAAGAAAUAAGAGUGACAUAGUUCAACUGUCAGCAGUGUCUCUGCUGCAUUGCUCUUACAUUCAGCUCAUGUGUUUGGAUGGUGGGAUAUGGUGUGGCCCUCUGGGUACCUCUUAAUUUUGGUACCCUUCUUACAUAACAUUUGAAUGAAGAGACCUCAGUUACAGCCUAACAGAUUACAAAAUGCACUGAUGUUUUCAGACAGCUUAUGGACAAGGGACCCACUGCAAGAGGCUUUCCUUGAUCUUCCAGUUGUACUGAUUUGGAUUUGGAUUUUCCCUUUUAAGAUGGUUAGGUCCAUGUCUGUUGGUGACCUUCAGAACAGAGGACCAUAAAACUAUGUGGAAUGAAGAGAUUUGCCUUAUAAGAUUUCCUAUUAGAAAGCUCUCCCUUACAUAUAAUUCAAAGUAGGGAACACAUUUUGAGCAUCUUUGAAUUUGACAAACGGUGCUGUUGCAAACACCUUUUAAUUGACAAUACUAGAGUUUUUGUAUAAAAUAGUAAGGCUAGCCAUGGAAGUUCCAUCUUAAUCCAUGAGAAAUGUUCUUAAGUUUAUUUUUAAGUGUCUUAAGAAUUCUUCUAAUGAGAUAAGUUAGCCCAAGAUCCAAAGAGUAUUUCAAUUGAUCCUCCAAUGGGAUUAAAUGGGUAUAUUUGGGUUCUUUAGUUUCACCCCCAGUUCAGUGAAUUUGGUAAAUUCCUUUGUUGGUAUCAUUUGUUUCUAGAAUUUACUCCACCCUGGCUCUGUCAUCUCAAAUCAUUUCACUAGAAAGUGCCCUUCAAAGGACCCUGUUCACUGCUGCACUUUUCAAUGAAUUAAAACUUACUUCUGUUCUAGUGGAAAUGUGUCCUUUGUUUUAGUCCAUAAGUAAUCAUUUGAACAAGAUGCUGCUUUUUUUUUUUCUUGGUGCUACAACAUGGGGUUUUUGUUUUGUGGUGCUAGGGAUCUAACCCAGGACCUCAUACAUACUAGGUAAGUACUAUACCACUGAGAGACACUCUCAGCCUGCUGUUCUAUAAUGUUUUAAUCGCUCACCUACUAGUGAAAAUGUGCCAUUUUUCUCAUCAGAGUCUGUAUUCUCAACCUGAAUUGCUCUUCUAUACCCGGUCCCUACUGAUCAUUAAGCUCUGAAUGAAAUACCAUGUAGAAAAUCCUAAUAAAUUAUGAUUCAUUUACUGUUUUGGAGAAAAGUCUUGGCCAGCUAAGCUCACCUUCAAAGGUACUUUGCCUCAUAUCCAGGUGUGUGAUCCAUUGAAAAAUGAUUUCUUACAAGGGAUCAAUAGACUUUUUCUUAAAGGGACAGAUAGCUAAUAUUUCAGAUUUGCUGGCCAUAUGGUCUGGCACAGCUACUUUAUUGUUGUAUCACAAAAGUAGUCCCAGACAAUGUAAAUGAGCAUUCAAGGCUCUGUUCCAGUAAAACUACAAAAGCCACAAUUUGCCACCCCUAGACCUAGCAGGUUGCCUCAUCGACCAAGUAGAAAAUUAGAUGUUAGACUCUCAUAAUUUGAGUAUAUCACAGUGUCAAAGCCUGCUACUGUUUAUGGAUACUGGUAGAAGACAUGAGACUUCUGAGUUAGAGACAAAGGAUUGUCACAGCACAGCAAGUAGCAUGAGCCUAUCAGAUCACUCUUGCCCCCAAGUCCCAUGGGUGUGAUGCAAAGUCCCACCCUGCAAAAGCAGUGGGGUUUAUUACAGGAAGGGUACACUGAACUUGAGCCUGCAGUUUUAAAUGUGGGAGACGUGACCUCAUCUCUCGAAGUGCUUGAUGCAAACAUAAUCCUGAGAAAUUACCUGCGUGAAGAGUGGUCAGGGCCUCGAAGUCCUGGUGUACCCAGAAGAAUGUAUUGUGAGGCUUGGGGCCUGAGUAAAUUGCCUCAGCCCACAGCUCUCACCUGGCUGAUAGCAACCUAGCUGGAUGCUUCCCCUUUCCCAUCAGAGACUGGAAAGCCAGAGCAGGUCAAGAACAGCAGCCGAGAUGAGAUUAGAUGUUUUUACCCUGAAUUUAAGGCUAAGAAAGUAGGUAGAGUAACAAAGAUGGCACUGAUCUUUUAGAUGUCAAGAAAGAAGAUGCCAGAACUUUAAAGGGCUAAGAGGAAAAGGACAUCAGUCUAAAUGCUUUUGAGAGCUACCUAGUUUGUGUUUGGUCUAAAUAACAGCAGAAAGGGUGAAGGUAGAGUCUGGAUACUAACCAGCAAGAAAAACAGGAUGGUAUAGGGCACCCAUUAAAAUCCUCAACUUUGCAGAAAUGGGAAAUUUGUAUCACAAUGUGAACCCAUCAGUGAGAAUAUUCAUUCAGACUUACAGAAGUGAGUACAGACUCUAGUAUUGGUCACACUUAUCCCUCCUAUUCCUCUGAGACUGUACCAGUCCUGAAAAUCAAAUUUGCUACAGAAUCCAUCUUUGUUUCUUCUUUACUGUCAAUUUGAGAGGCUGGUCAUGAGUCUAGUGAAGUCUGUUGAGGCAAGAGCGAAUAACCAGAGAACCCAAAGGCCCUGAGCUGAAAGGAUCAUUGAGACCUGUCCUAGUGACCAGGAGUCACUAUAUAAGAGGAGAUGAUGUGGGGCCAGGUGUGGCAGUUCACACCUAUAAUCCUAGCCCUCAGGAGGAUCACAAGUUCAAGGUCAGUGUUGGUUACCUAGUGAGACCCUGUCUCAAAAAGAAGACAUAGAAGGCAGCUCUUAGUGUGCCAUAGAGUAAGUAGAGGACAUUCUUAAAUCUUUUCUUAAGAGAAAGAUUUAAUGAUACCUGCCUGUGAGUUCCAAGAUCAUACAUGUCCCCGUAACCUGCUGCUGAUGCUGAUGAGCCUUCAAAGGAUAGAAGGGAUGCUUGAAUUACCAUCCUUUUACAAUAAAACCAGGUCUGUGGAAUAGGCUUUUCUCUCAGAUUAAUAUAGCCAAGCUCACAAAGCUGAUCAGGAUUUCAAAGCUGGCUUUAAGUCUUUACCUUUGUUUUGAGGGUAUAAUGUGUUUUUUGGAGCUAGGGAUAAGACGCUGCUCUACCACUGAGCUACAGCCCCCACCCCCACCCCCAAAUCCGUUUUUCCAUUAAACUCUAUCAUCUGUCUCUGCAAUCUAUGAAGUAUUUGUCCCUCAUCUAUAGAGUGCCUACUCUGCCUAGUAGUGAGCUUGGUUAUGAAAGGGAAUUACUCUGUUCCUCUAGGAUGCUACUAUGUAGACUGAAAAGAAAACUUGUACCUCAUGCCUGUACUUAAGGGACACCACAGUUUCAGAUUAAGAAAGAGGUAUCUAUACCAUUCAAGUGGCUACUUGUCCUAAUGCCCUAUUUAACAAUUUCAUCAUGGCUACAUUAGCCAGCACCUAAUAAUCCUGUGUGGUCCCCUCCCACAAUGCAUCAGGGUAGGUUCAUGUUACUAAUAGAAAAAGGCACAAGUGACAGUGAUUUCUGAGGCUCGAUUAUAAAAUAUGUAGAUACUUCUACCUUGCUCUCCUGGGCUACUGUGGGAGACAACUGCCAUAUCAUAAGGCUUAUGCCCAAGCAGCCCUACAGUGAGGUCCACAUGGUGAGGACCUGAGGCUCCCUGCCAAAGACCAGCCAUGGUGAAGAAGCCAUCUUGGAAGCCCAUCCACCAGCCCCGAUCAAAACUUCAGACAUGUACAACUCUAGCCAACAUUUUAACUUCAAUUUCAUGAGAAACCCCCAAACAAGGACCACCCAGCUAAGCUGUGUCCAUACUUCUGACUCACAGACUCUAAUGUGACAUAAAUGUUUAAUGUUAUUUUAAGCUGAAAUGGGGGUUAUCUGUUAAAUAGCAGUGUAUGACUAAUGAUCCAAACUGGUAUAACGAGAGAAACUAGACCAGGCAUUUUGCCAAAACCCAUUUAACCACAGGUACUUGGGGUGGGGCAGAGCUGGCCAGUUGUAGAAGCUCAACUUGUCUCCAAAGGGGGAAAAGGUCUUUGUACGCUGCAUGCACAAAGCAUAGAAACACUAGUUCCCAGCUAUUGUUACUAAAACCAAGUAGUAGCUUCUUUGUGGAAUGGUUGCUAAAAUGUCCUCAGCACAUGUUGGAAAGUAUUUUAAUGGGCUCCUGUGUCUGGCAGACUCCAGUCACCAAGCCAAGUCUUUCCCCCCUCCAAUCUCCAUGACUCCCUGAAGCUGAUGCGGGGAGAGAAGCAGUCCCUUAGCAGCUGCAGCGUGCCAUGAUUCUAGCCUGCUUUCCAAGGCACCUGUUGUCACUACUCCCUCACCGACUCCCACCACUGGGAAAGGAGCUCAGAGGCACAAUGGAUUCUAUUCCCACUUAUGUCCCUAAGAAAGUGACUGCUCGAGUAUUUUUCUCCCCAUCCCCCGUCUCCCAGCAUCUCCUAGGUUCAGAGAGCAAUAACCUAAUAGAGCUGAAAUCAACACAUCUUGGGUUCUUUCUAGCAGUCUAGAAUGAGACGACUAAUUUGGAAUCUCAUCUCAGAACUUCAAACUUGCUCUCCUGGGUGCCCCUCCACACAGCAGGGAAAGCCAAAAAACUCCAGCUCCCAAUCAUCCUGGCCCUCUUGCUUCUUCAUGUAAUGCCACGAAGGCCCUGCUUACAAGUUCAGCCAAAGGUGAAGACGAACUACAAGAGAGGCAGGAAGUUGCAGCGAGGGUCUGCCUGAGAAGAACCCUUCCUUAUCUCCAGCUGCCCAAGUGGCUGCUUCCAGAGCAGUGUAUGAAACAUUUACU